AUGUGCGGGGGCAGGGCGCGCGCGGCAGAAUACGUUCCGAUCAUCAAGGGCUCCAAAGACUGCAAGCCAUCGUGCAAGGCAGGUCUCGACCCCAACUACAAGCAGAUAUGGCGCGACUCUGGUGUGCGCCACCUCGGCGGGUUCAACGAGCCAGAUCUGCACGACAAGCUCCCUGCCAAGAGGGCAGCGGAGCUCUGGGUGCAAGUGCAAGAGAUUGCAGAGGAGUUCGACCCUCCGUUGGUGCUCUUUUCGCCGCAGCUGUGUGUUCGCUACUUCGAUGGCAAUCCAUCACCCUGGCUAACACAUUUCCUGGGCAACUGCAGCGUCAUCGAGGGCUGCGACCCGGACAAAAUUAAGUACAUCGGCUACCACUACUACUCAAACUCUAGGGAGGAAGUGUUCACCGAACUGGCCGAUCGAAUCGCACGUUUCUACGAAUCAUUUGGCAAGAAGCUGUGGAUCACCGAGAUGGCAGUCGGUUUUGCCAAACAAGGCCGGCAGGUCCAGGACGAAUGGAUGUCCAAGACGCUGCUGGCGCUCGAGACGGACGACAGGGUGUUUCGGUACACGUGGUUUGCGACACGCAACCCGGUUGACCGCCCCCUCCGCAUGGAUGCUCUCCCGUGA